AUGGACCCGGACGCAAGGUCUGACCCUGGCACCCUGCGCGAUCCAGAGGCCGGCGGGUCCCCGAGGACCGUCGAGUGCGCCCAAGGCCCAGUGCACGUGGGCGGGGGAGGCUUUGGCCGGCGACCGCUUCGGAUUCCAGGUGUGGCGGUGGCUCCGCGCUCCGUGUUUUGCAGCCUGCCGCGGUGUCGGAGGCGAGGCGAGGAAGGGAGCUGGAAUAACAAAGCUCUCAGAGCCCGAAAGGGGCUUCUGAGGUCAUUGAAGCGAGAACCCCUAGGUCUCAUUCUUCUCAGGAGGCAACUGCCUCUGCUUGCAUCCUUCUGGGAAUGGGGAGCUUGCUUCCUCACCUGGCAGACACUGCGCAGUGAUGUGCUGGUCAAGCUGCUGACUUCACAACACCCAGCUCCCACAGUUCCAGAAAAUUUAGCCUUCAGCCUUGUGAGCCAGUCCCAGCCGGCUCCAGCACACCACUGGCCUGCCCCACAGAGGAGCCCUGUCCAGCUUUACGCCUUGGGAAGUUCUUCCUGGCACCUGCGAGAUGCUACAGCCCUGGUCACCCGUGUCUUUGCUCACACCGGCCUCUCCAGCCUGAAAGUCUUCCCGCUCGGCCUGCCCACCUUGGAGGCUAUGCUCCGAUGUCAUCUGCUCUCAAAAGCCCGCCCUGCCCGCCACCGCUUCCCCUCCCGGGGCAGGCAGGCGCCCGCCCUCCUACAGCCUUUCUCAGCCCCUGUUUGCCACUUAUCACUUUCUACCUUGGAUUACAGCUAUCUGUGUACUCGGCUUAUCUCUCUGCCAGACUGAGAGGCAGCGGGCUUGCCGAAAGAGUGUGGACUUUGGAGCCCCGCGACCUGGUGCUGAAUCCCAGCCUUGCCACUUACAGCUGUGAGCCCUAGGGAACCUCCUACCACCUUCUGAAAGCUCAACUUCUCUAUCUGUAAAGUGGGGCUGGCCAUCACUCCUUCCAAGGUGGUCUGACUGUUAAGUGGGAUAAGAAAUGGAACUCCCUUUUCCUGUUCCUGUCUGGGACUCCCAUCUCUAGGGGACAGAGAUUGUGUCUGGUGCUUCUGUGUGUCCUCUGGUUAUGACAGCAGUAUAAAUAUUAACAACAAUGGUAAAUACAGCAGUGUGACUACGUGUGGGCUAUUGUU